AAUUGUGAAAUUUCUCACUGUCAACCUUGCGAGUAAAAUGGAGAAAUAUGAAAAUAUCGAGAUAGUGGGCGAGGGAAGUUACGGACUCGUGAUGAAAUGCAUGCAUCGCGAAACCGGGCAAGUAGUGGCGAUAAAAAAGUUCUUGGCGACGGAAGAAGAUGUGCACAUUCGAAAAAUGGCGUUUCGUGAAAUAAGGAUGUUAAAGAAAUUACGUCACGAGAAUCUGGUGAACAUGAUUGAGGUGUUUCGCCGAAGAAAACGACUUUACCUUGUAUUCGAAUAUGUCGAUCACACUGUGCUCGAUGAAUUGGAGGAAAGUGAAAAUGGUCUCGACUGGGAGAAAUCAAGGCGAUAUAUUUUCCAAAUACUUCGUGGGUUGGACUUUUGUCAUAAUCAUAAAAUCAUGCACCGCGAUGUAAAGCCCGAGAAUGUGCUAGUAUCACCGAACGGCGUGAUUAAGCUUUGCGACUUUGGUUUUGCACGGUACAUCACCAACGAGUCUUGUACCGAUUACGUGGCGACGAGAUGGUAUCGCGCGCCAGAACUCCUCGUCGGUGAUUCCAAGUACGGCAGAGAGAUCGACGUCUGGGCGGCCGGGUGCAUCUACGCCGAGAUGGUCACCGGCCAGCCUCUCUUUCCCGGCGACAGUGACAUCGACCAGUUGUACCGCAUCACGAAAGUCCUCGGUCCUCUUUACAAACAACCGAACGGUAGUGGUAAACAUAUACUCCGACACACGAAACCUGAUGAGUCUGUUGGUUUAACGCGACCUACGGGUCUUCGAAAUCUCUUUCCAACGUGGAGCUCGGUGGCGGUCGAUUUUUUGACGCAAUGUCUUCGUACGGAUCCUGCUGUCAGACCAAAGUGCCUCACGUUGCUGCAGCAUUCGUUCUUCUUGCAGGACAAUUUCGUCGACAGAUUUCUCGGCGAACUGCAGCGACUUGUCGCAAAAGAAUCCGCGAUAAAUUUGCUCGGAACAAAGAGGGCGGAAUCGUCUUCCAGGAUCUGCCGUAGCAGCAUCGGAAGAUGGCAAAUGACGUUGAUGAAAGAGAGGCGGAAUAACAAUACGGAAUCUGAAACCAUGGAAAGCGAAAAUUCGCCAGAAGAUCGUCGUGUUAAUACAAAUGCCGCGAGUAAGCUGCAAAUAAACCGACCGCGCGAAUUGCGUUACUUCGGACCCGUCUCGGUAAUACCAAACACCACAUAUAUUCGACGGCUGGAGCACAAAGGGCUUCUGAUUCCUGAAUCGAAGGGCUGUGUGUUGCCAGCUCUGACAUCGAAAACGAACGCCAAGAGGAAAAAGCUUGAUCUGCUUGGAGUGAAAAAUCGUUGAUCAUGCUCAAUAAAGAGCACGUUUCUUUUUUGCAAUGCAAUAUUAAUAUCGAGGAAGGAACGAGAGAGAAAGCUGUACAGAGAAGCUCAUUAUGCGCGAGACGUGGAGCGUGUACAUAUCUUAUAUUUUACAUCUCUGUAAAUGAAUAAAUGUAAAUGUUAAAUGUCGAUAGUAUGUUUGUAAGAUGCGAUUUAUUCGCUGUAAGAAAGAGAAUAAACACUGAGAAGGUUUCCUUUUAUUUUAUACCAAGU